AUGGCUCAACUUGAAGGAGGCCUCUCGCACAGGAUAAAUCAAACUCACCUGACUCCCACCAGCAUGAAAAACCGCCAUGUGGGUCUGAAAGUUGAGGGUUCAAACUUCACCCUAGAUGGCUUUCCUUUCCUGAUCAUAGCAGGUACUAUUCACUAUUUCCGGGUGCCCAGGGAGUACUGGAAGGACCGUCUCCUGAAGCUGAAAGCCUGUGGCUUCAACACUGUCACUAUGCAUGUUCCCUGGAGCCAUCAUGAGCCUCAAAGACACAAGUUUUAUUUUACUGGAGAUCUGGAUUUGAGGGCUUUUAUAUCUAUAGCUUCCAAUGAGGGGCUGUGGGUCAUUCUGUGUCCAGGUCCCUAUAUUGGCAGCGACUUAGACCUUGGAGGCCUGCCCAGUUGGUUACUCCAGGAUCCAAAAAUGAAGCUGAGAACAACUUACAAGGGCUUCACUAAAGCAGUGAAUCAAUAUUUUGAUCAAUUGAUUCCUAGGAUAGCACCAUUCCAGUAUGAAAAUUAUGGCCCCAUCAUUGCUGUGCAGGUCGAAAAUGAAUAUGGUUCAUAUCAUCUGGAUAAAAGAUACAUGUCAUAUGUUAAAAAGGCCCUGGUGAAAAGAGGGAUCAAGGCGAUGCUCAUGACUGCUGAUGAUGGACAAGAAAUAAUAAGAGGCUACUUGAAUAAGGUGAUUGCCACUGUCCAUAUGAAGAAUAUAAAGAAAGAAACUUAUAAAAACCUCUUUUCAAUUCAGGGUCUUAGCCCCAUAUUAAUGAUGGUAUAUACAACAAGCUCUUCGGAUAGUUGGGGCCAUAGCCACCAUACUUUGGAUUCGCAUGUGUUAAUGAAAAACGUGCAUGAAAUGUUCAACUUGAGGUUCUCCUUCAACUUCUACAUGUUCCAUGGUGGCACCAACUUUGGCUUCAUUGGUGGAGCUUCUUCUUUGAACAGUUAUCUCCCUGUGGUCACCAGCUAUGACUAUGGGGCACUGCUGACAGAAGAUGGAAGAUAUACACCUGAGUAUUUCACUUUUCAACAGUUUUUUAACUCUGUUAUAGAGGUUCCCAUGGCCCAGCAACCAGAUUAUAAACCUGUGGCUAAAUAUAAGUCAGUGAUAACAUCAUACUUCAUACCACUUUGGGACAUCAUGCCCUACCUGGAGCAGCCCAUUAUGUCUGCCAGGCCAAUCUGUAUGGAGAAGCUGUCUGUGAACCAAGGGAGUGGUCAGUCCUAUGGGUACAUACUUUAUGAGACUGUCAUCUUCAGUGGAGGCAUCCUCACCUCAAGGGGUCAUGUUCGAGAUCGGGGUCAGGUGUUUUUGGAUCAGCAAUAUAUAGGAGUCCUGGAUCGUUCCACGAAACAGCUGACCAUUCCCAGGGAAAAUGUAUCCAAGGAUUACCUGAAAUUGAGGAUCUUAGUGGAGAAUCAAGGCCGACUUGCCUAUGGGCAGGAUAUCAAUAAUGAGAGAAAAGGUUUAACUGGGGAUAUCUAUCUGAACAAGUCCCCAUUAAGAAGAUUUAAAAUAUAUAGUCUGGAGAUGAGCACUAAAUUCCUACAAUGGGACAUUCCUAACAUGUGGAAACCAGUCUUACUCCAAUUUCGGGGCCCUGCCUUCUUCCUCGGUAUCCUGAAAGUUGGUAAUUACCCCAAAGACACCUUUGUAAAGCUGGAGGGCUGGACAAAAGGAGUAAUAUUCAUCAAUGGAAAAAACCUGGGACGCUACUGGAAUAUAGGUCCCCAGGAAACCCUUUACCUUCCAGGACCCUGGCUUCAUCCUGGAUUAAAUAAAAUCAUCGUGUUCGAGGAAUUUAAAGCUGGCACAAUGAUCCAGUUCACAGAGAAAUCUCAUCUAGGUAGCAUUUUUUCCAGCUUCGUAAGCUCUUAUGACAGGUGCGAAUACUUCUGUGCCCAGGUUUUUUAA